UGCUGCCUGUGGCUGAGUAGAAGACAGAAAACUGGAAUUCAAACAUCUCUGGGAUCUUGUUUUAUUUCUCUUCAUUCUGCUUUAAGAAGAUGAGCAUUGAAACCACAACCCUGAUAUCCUUGAAGGAGGCAAUGAAAAGGUUUUUAAGGGCCACAGGGAGGGAGCAAGCAUGGGUGUGUUAUUCUAAGAAGACGGGAAAGAGAAGGAUGAAGACUAGAAAUAAGUAAAGAACUAUACAGACUUGUCUCUGCUAAAACGGCUUCAGUCUUCCAGGCGUAAGCCAUAAUUAAUUUCAUAAUAAAAAAAAAACCCUACUCCUGGAUGCUGUAAGCCCAUGUAAUUUGUGUGUAUGUGUCUAAAUUUACAAAAUUAAGUGAAAUUCGGCCGCUGCCCUUCAGGAACUCACAGCUUGUAUAAAUGGUAGACAUAUUUAAAAUCACAAGUUAAAGCAAGUGAUCUAGGAAGGACAUGCUCCUAAAUGGCUGUGGAAUGUGAAGAUCAAUCAAUUUAGUCUUUGACCUUAGGAAAAGGAACCCUUUGCUAGAUGGACACUUAAGCUGGAUCUGCAAGGGUUGGUGGGCUUUGAAAGAGAGAAAGAAAUGGAAAUGAAUUCUAGAUAGAGGAAACAGCACUGGGAAACCAGAUGGCAGCUUGUGAUUGUAUAUGGAUGACUAGCGGGUCUGAGAGGACUGGUAAAAGAUGGGCGCAAAGGGAAAACAGCUCUGUGUGUCCUGAUGAGGAGUUCCAACUUGGCUCUGAGAUACUACGAACAAGUCAUGAUGGCCCAGAAGGCACAUAACCACAGUAGACCACAAACUCCAAGCUUUGCAAACACAAUUCAAAGACCUGGACCUCACCAUGGAUAAUCUGACACAGAAAUUUGAACAUCAUAAUAAAACUCUGGCAAACCAAGCAGCCCAAGAUGAGAUGUGGACAGCAGUACUGGCACUUAAGUUCACUUCAAUGGAAUUCAGUAUUUUAUACAGCUAUGUCAUUGAAGUACUUAUCCAUCUACACACUCACGUGCUCGAGAAGCUGCCUGACCUGGUGAGGAGUCUUCCCACUUUAGCCUCUGUUCUCAGGCGGAAAGUCAAGAACAAGCGCGUUAGAGUUGUGUGGCAGUCUGUCCUGGAAGAGGAUGGGCUAGAAGAAGGAGAUGUCACAGCGCUUUGCACCUUCUUUAUCGUCCACGGGAGCAAGGCAGAACACUACGCCGCUAAAGUGAGGCAGAUGUACAUCAAAGAUGUCUCACUCUUGAUCACCAACAUGGUGAAGAACCAGGCUCUACGGGAUGCUUUGUUGAAGGCUGUUCAGGUCAUUGAAAAGGGAAAAGCAGGGAGGAGCUCUGAAGAGCAAAAGCCAUCCAUCAAAGAGCUCAUACUGUCAGUCAAAAGCUAACCUGGAGCCAGCAGGUGGCAUCUC